AAAGGUGCAGUUCUGCUCCGGGCCGGCAGGGGGCGCCGCUCAUCUCUACGGAAGGUUUUAACUUGAUGCGACGGUUAAAAACCUUCUUUGAAGUUACCUCUGGCAUUCAGAAAAGAGACCGACAUAAGAGCGAAGAGAGGAACAAAUCUCGAAGGUCGAAGUUGAGGGCCAUGGCUCGUGGGCAGCAGAAGAUUCAGUCCCAGCAGAAGAACGCCAAGAAGGCAGCAGAGAAGAAGAAAGCUCAGGGCGCCGACCAGAAGACCGCAGCCAAGGCCGCACUGGUCCACACCUGCCCUGUCUGCCGGACACAGAUGCCCGACCCCAAGACCUUCAAGCAGCAUUUUGAGAGCAAACACCCCAAGUCCCCCAUGCCUCCUGAGCUGGCGGACGUUCAGGCAUGAAGGACUGCUGACUGGACAGGACCAGAACCCUGGAUACACGAUGACCACGGACUAAACGCUGAAUCACGGUGUCUGAAGGAUGGUGAUGACGAACACUGGGGGGGGACCCGUCAGUAUUCCUGGACAGCGGGUUGGGAUGGAGGGAGGGGGUGGAUGUGUGUAUGUGCUGUGUACGUACAUGUGUGCUUGUAAGAGAAAAAAAAAACCCAAUAGCGACGGGGCAGAAGUACACCAGCACCCCAUUUUAUAUUUAUUAUGUACAACUACCUUGCUAUUUCAAAUGGGGGAGGGGACCAGCAGGAUUGCCUGCUAACACUGAAUUAAGUAAUGUGGUGUUUAAAGAUGUGGAGAUGUGAGGAGGCAGUAAAGAAAAUACCACCAAAUAUUUGUGAAUGUAUGGCUAGCUGGUUGUACUGGUUGAUCACCGUGUCGUCCAGAUGAAUAGAUGGCACAUUCAAAGCCCCAACUGAGGACUGCAUCGCUCAUCCACAGUGGACGAGGCACUGCUGUUGGGUUAAAACUUCGUAACUCCAGUCAUUUGAGCAGAGGGCGUUCGGUGCCAUCAGCGCGUCCCCUCUGUGGAACAUUUAAAUGAAGACUUUUCCUGAUCAUGGGCCUCUUAGGAUGACUUAAAUCAUUCUGUUUAAUUCCAGAACUCACGGUUGUUGACAGUAAAUGUAGGAUUUUUAUUCCUGAAUCUAGUUUUUGGAGACUCGAGGUUUUUGUCCAGCUGUGCCUCCUCUGUGCUGCUGCGGCGGCGGCGCCCUCAGUAACGCCUCACCACAGUACCUCACCUCACGCCACACAGCGACUCUCACAGCGUGUUCUUCUUCCCUCCAAGUCCCUGUGAUUGUGCUCAUUUUAGUCCUCCUGGGGGCGUGUUUCCCAACACAGUCUUGGCAAUAAAAGCAUCUUUGACCCACUUCAGUUGAACCAGAGCAAGAUUUGUUUUUUUUUAAAUGAAGCGCUAACAGUUUUUGGUAAACUCGUCUAACAUAACCGUCUCAUUUAUGUCCUCAGCUGUUGUCACUUUGGUUGUUCACUGAUUGAAGAAAUUCUAAGUAGCCCCAAAGGACUGAGAGUUAAAGCAAUUUGUUCAGUAACUGCAAAAAUGAUCGAAACAUUUUCCACUAGCAGGCAAAAUGUCACUAAUUUGCUUUCACUGUACUUUUUUUUUUUUUUUUUACCCUUUUCAAUAAAUUGAUCAAUGUAUUUAAUGUGA